AUGCUGCGUCUGCACGUGGAGAGGGUGACCAAGCUGGUUCGAACAGUACGAGUGCUGAAUGUGCUCACAGCUUGCGUCCAGCUUGCGGCGGGUGUCAACAGUCUCGUCGGCAUCUUCACGCUGGACGUCACGGGCCUCCUCAUCGCGGCAUACGCGAUCAUCUUCGCCUUGCUGCUCGCGUGCUUCGAGUGCCACUUGACCGUGACGGACAACAUUCUUCGCCCCAACUUCGGAUUCCUCUACGGCUAUCGCGGAAUGGCCACCUACCUCCUGUUCAUCGGCCUGAUGGACCUCGGCAUGAUCGGCCACGUCUUCGGCAUCAUCGCUGGAACCAUGGCAUGCAUCAACGCCUGCAUCGUCGUCUUCGUCGGAGCGUGUGCCCCACGCACCCCCACAGAGUACCCGGCAGCGAUCAACAGCGCACCUGUCCAGUCCUACGGAUCGCAGUUUGAGGGACCGAUCGCCUUUGCACUCGCGUCUGGCGCCUUGAAAAUGAGCUCUUCAGCCCCAGCUUCAGUGCACGCAAUCGUGUGA